AAAUCCGUUGUUGAAUCAAAAAUCUCACAUCGUGUACAAGUAUUUAUUUUUUACUAAUUCACUGAUAUAUUUUUUAUACAAUAAUGGCAGACAAAACCCAUACAUCUAGAAUAGCUUCUUACAAAAAUACGGGCCAAGGAACUAACGAGCUUCGCCGGAAGCGAGCUGAACUUAGUGUAGCACUCCGUAAACAGGCCAGAGAUGAACAGUUACUCAAGCGCAGAGCCAUGUCUCCGGAGGCCGGGGACGAGAUUCAAACUGAAGAGAAGCUCAUGACACCACAAGAGAUUGUUCAAGGCCUAAAAUCAUCUGACCUAGCGAUACGUACUGCGGCUGCUCGUGGUGCUAGAAAGAUGCUUUCCCGUGAACAGAACCCACCUAUAUCAGUCAUGGUGGAUGCGGGUGUUGUCAAACCACUGGUUGAGGCUUUGGACAGGGAUGAUUGUGCUGAUCUUCAGUUUGAAGCUGCUUGGGCAAUCACAAAUAUAGCGUCUGGUACGCACGACCACACAAUGGCAGUUAUUGAAGGCGGGGCGGUGCCCAAGCUAGUGAGCCUGCUGGGGCGCGGCGGCAGCGUGGGCGAGCAGAGCGCGUGGGCGCUGGGCAACAUCGCGGGCGACGGGGCCGCGCCGCGCGACACCGUGCUGGGCCACGGCGCGCUGGCCGCGCUGCUGCCGCUGCUGGCGCCCGCCACGCCGCCGCAGCAGCUGCGCACCGCCGUCUGGGCGUACAGCAACUUCUGCAGGAACAAGAAUCCAAUGGUGAAAUUCGAAUAUGUAUCUCCCGCUCUACCAUACAUCUCUGAAUUGCUAACCAUUAAGGAUCAAGAUGUACUCGCUGACGCUUGUUGGGCGCUCUCGUACCUGACGGACGGCCCCAACGACCGCAUCGAGGCCGUGCAGAAGACCGCGCUCCUGCUGCCGCGGCUCGUGGGCCUGCUCGAGCACAAGGCCCCGGCGGUGCGCACGCCCGCGCUCCGGGCCGUGGGGAACAUGCUCACCGGCUCCGAUGAACAGACGGACAGAUGCCUGGACGCCGGGUGCCUGGCGCACAUAGUGGCGCUGCUGCGGUGCGGCAAGCCGGCGCUGAUGAAGGAGGCGGCGUGGGCGGCCUCCAACAUCCUCGCGGGCACCGGCCAGCAGAUACAGCGCGCCAUCGACGCGCAGCUGCUGCCCAACCUGCUGCACGUGCUCUCCUACGAGGAUAUCAAGUGUCAAAAAGAAGCAGCGUGGGCCAUAACGAAUUUGUGCCUGGGCGGUUCAGCACCGCAGCUGGACGCGCUCCUGUCUGCUGGAUUCCUGGAGCCGUACUGCGCCCUCCUCGCCGCGCCUGACCAUCGCGCCCUUACUGUGGUACUGGACGGCCUCACCAACCUGCUGCAGGCGGCUGUCAAGUAUGGUCAAGUGGAGCCACUUUGUCUAAAACUGGAGGAAAUCGGUGCGUUAGAUCAAAUUGAACUGCUGCAGCAGCACGAAAACGUCGAAGUAUACAAGAAAGUACUGCACAUCCUGGAUACAUACUUCUCUGAACAGGAAGACCAGAAUGCACAACCGGCACAGACCUCCGAAGAGUACCAAUUUGGCACCAGUCAGCCUAAUCAGAAUAUAGACUUUUGAUUUUAAAUGAAAAGUCGUCGGCCUCUUUUUACAAAAGAAAUUCCUUUGAACUUUCGCAGUGUGACAAAUUUUGUCCUGUAACUCCUUGUUGAUGAAGCCCUGGUAGGUCGCGAACAUUAAUUUAGGUACAGUUAGCGUCAUAGCUAUCGAUGCAAGUUCUAGAAGAUAUUUUGAUAACUUUGCGUAUUUAGAUUUGAAACUGUUUCCUAGAUGUAAUUAAAUUUUAAUCCUUGCCUUGAUAUCUUUUCUUGGGCUCCGAUGAUUAUGAUGCUGACUGUACCUUAUAUUUAGUGUCAUUUUAUAAUAUAUAGUGUAAAUUGUCCAUUAUAUUUUUGUGUAAAAUACACAUAUCAACCUGAUUUGAUAAGUCUGAAUUUGGCAUUGUUCGGCAGUGUCUGGACUCAUAUGUGAUAUAAAGGUAAUACGUAAUCUUGUUAAUAAAAAAUGUAGUAUGUAAGUAUUAAAUAAAAAAAUCUUGCU